AUGCCGAUCAAGAAGUACGACGGGUCAUCCGACCCCGAGGAACAUUUAAAUGUUUUCCUGACCCAGGCAACCCUCUCCACUCAGGACGACUCGGCUUUAUGCCGAAUAUUCCCCACAUCACUGAAAGGAAGAGCUUUGAGUUGGUUUACGAGACUGCCGAGUGCCUCCAUUGACUCGUUUGGUGCGUUAUCGUCCCAGUUCACCUUGCAGUUCGCAACGAGUAAGCCGUACAAGACGACCUCAUUGGCCUUGGCCGGGGUCCGUCAGGAAAAGAAAGAAAGCCUGAGAAGCUUCAUGGACCGAUUCAACAAGAUUGCAAUGGAGAUUGGUGAUCUUAAUCCUGCCGUGGCAUUGGAUCGGCUGAGCACGGCCCUCAGGCCGGGACCAUUCGUGAACAGUUUGUGCAAAAAACCACCCGUUGAUAUGAAUGACCUCCGACGAAGAGCCGAGAAGUAUAUGCAAAUGGAGGAACUGGCGGAGACCCGAAACCAGGCCAGGGCCGAAGAGGGUUACGGCCGAAAAGAGCCAGGCCGAGAGCCCCUGAAAAAGGCGAAUAAUGAGUCCCCGAGCACUCGACCGCCGAGAGGACCACGUUACACCGCCUACACCCCCCUGAAUACGAGCAGGGUCAAGGUGAUGGAGCAGGCCCUCGCUUCCGAAAUCCUUGUGAUGCCGAAAAGGGCGAACACUCCCCCGAGAGCCGAUAAGGCGAAAGCGUGCCGGUUCCACCGAAACAGAGGACACUCGACCGAAGAAUGCUCGGCAUUAAAAGACAAACUCGAGGACCUCAUCAAACAGGGCCACCUGUCAAGCUUCAUCACCCCCCAGAACCACCAGUCGAGGGGGAGUAACCGCCACCACUCACGGGAAGCACCCCCACCAAGAGACCGACGCCGCCGAUCCCGGUCAAACGAAAGGAGAGACCAGUCAAGGCAUUCUCGAGAAGACGAUGACCGACCGAGAAAGAUAAUAAAUACGAUAGCCGGAGGAUUCGCCGGGGGAGGUUCCACCUCAUCGGCGAGGAAAAGACACCUCCGGGCAAUGCGGUCGGUAAGUAGUGUGAACCAGCCAAGGAUGCCCAGGAUGCCACCCAUAACCUUCUCCGACCGAGAUUUUCGGGGGGUUGAUCCUGUUCAGGACGACCCCAUGUUGAUUUCCGUCGAAGUACACAACUGCAUCGUAAAGAAAACUUUGGUUGAUCAGGGGAGCUCGGUCGACAUAUUGUACUGGAAUACAUUUGUACAGUUCGAAAUUCCUGAGGAGAGCCUAGAGUC